UGGAUGGAAUUAUAGUGAAAUUAAAUUAUUCCUGCUUUUGCUGGAAACCCCCUGAAGGUCCCCGGAUCCCACUUUGAGAUCCACUUAUUUUGUGUAUCCAGCAGCAUUGGUGUUACUAUUUAUAAGGACCAACAACAACAAAAAAACUUUAUUGUAACAAGUAUACCAAUAAUAAAAAAAAUAACACGUUCAUAACACUUUUUGUAUACAAAUUGAACACAAUCACAAACACGCCAGGGGAAAUAAAGGUUAAUAAUAAACACAAAAAUAGAAAAUAAUAGUUAAAUAAAAAUCCUGUAGAGCUUAAAGUGGUUAUACGUAUAAAGUUAUAUAUAUAAGUUGAAAAGUUUGGCUUUUUGCUUUUUAUAAGGACUACAUUUCCCUUGGGCAACAACAUUACGCAAUUCCUAUACCACUUCCUAUACUGGCAUUUCAAAAUAAGACAAUGGUCUUCGCAUGUCGUUGCCAGCUCCGAUGCAAACUUUAAACUCGGCUUUUACUUCGAAAACGGGGUCAUUCCUCCGUGUUUCGUCGAUCCCUGGCUGGCGGAGCCACCAACAACCUGGGACCGGGGCAGGUAUUCCCGUGUGAACGGCAGGCUCCAGCCAGGUCCAGGUCCAGUCCGCCGCGAUGAGGCUCCGUUUGGCAGGAGCCGCGCUGCUGUCGGCGGCCGCUUACUACGUUUACCUGCCGCUGCCGAGCGGCGUGAGCGAACCGUGGAAGCUGAUGCUGCUUGACGCGCUGUUCCGGAGCUUCAUGCAUGCGAGCGAUGUGGCUCACGCGUUUGGCGUGUGCCAUCGCGUCCACCUGCUGAGCCAGGUGGUGUCCUGGGUGGAGGUGAUCGAGGCUCGCUCCUGCCCCGCCGUGCACGUGUUCGACUCCACGCUGGGCGGCGUGUCCACCCGGGUCUUCCAGCCGAAGGGCGGGAAGAAGCUGAAAAGGGGAGUCAUUUAUUUCCACGGUGGAGGAUGGGCCCUCGGCAGCGGACGGAUGCGAUCAUACGACCGUCUGUGUAGGAAAAUGGCGGAGGAUCUGGACGCUGUUAUCAUGUCUGUUGAUUACCGUCUUGCUCCGGAGGCGGUGUUCCCAGAGCAGUACCACGAUGCGUUGGCAGCGUCGCGGGCCUUCCUGUCGGCUCGGGUUUUAGAGCGCUACAGCAUCGAUCCAGAGAGGGUGUGCGUGUCCGGAGACAGCGCCGGAGGAAACCUGGCCGCUGCUGUGGCUCAGGAGCUGAGCUCAGAUGAGAGUCUGACAGUGAAGUUCAAGGCCCAGGCGUUGAUCUACCCCGUGCUGCAGGCGCUCGACUUCUACACCCCGUCCUACCAGCAGAACCAGGCCGUGCCCAUCCUCUACAGGCCCGUCAUGGCUCGUUUCUGGCUGCAGUACCUCGGCGCCGACUCCUCCCUGGAGCCGCUCCUGCUCGCUAACAACCACAGCUCCCUGGACCAGCUAGCCAUCAGCGCCGGGACUCGCUCCAAGCUGGACUGGACCGCUUUGCUCCCGGCUAAACGUAAGAAACACUUCCGGCCGGUCAUCAGAGAAGAAGGAUCGCUGGGGGUGGUGGGCGAGGUGCCGGCGCUGAUUGACGUGAGGGCGGCGCCGCUGCUGGCGGAGCAGGGGGUUCUGGGUAGGACACCUAAAGCGUACGUGAUGACGUGCGAGUUCGACGUUCUGAGGGACGACGGGCUGAUGUACGUCAAACGGCUGCAGGAAGCCGGCGUCACGGUGACCAGCGAUCACUACGAGGACGGUUUCCACGGCUGCAUGGUGUUUGCGUUCCUGCCCAUGAUGUCUAGUGUUGGACAGAGGAGCAUGAACAACUACAUCCGCUGGCUGGACCAGAAUCUGUAGACAAACUGACUCCUCCAGAUUCUUUUGAACAGGGAUCCGGAGAAUCCAGCGGAGACAUUUUGUGGCACCAAAGAUGUACCGGAGCAGGAAGUCUGGUACUUGAGAGCUCCUUCUCAGACCUGCAGGGAGGAGAAAACUCUUUAGGUAUCACAGAUUUCAUCCAUGUGGGGGCAGAAUGGACUACAGGUUAAAAAUCUCUGACCUGUAAUCCAGAAGGUCACAGAUUUGAUCCACUGUGUCCAUCAGCAUCCUUCUGUCUGCUCUCUGACGCUUUGGAAAGAAGCAUAAUACUUUAAAUCUAUAUAAUCUAGAAUUAAAAAAAACAAAAUCAACAAGACAGAUUCUAGUUGUAAACCAGAACAGCUGGAUCUGUAGAGCUACGAUCACAACCACGAAGCAUCUUCACUGCACCCUAAAACCAAAACUUCUCACAUCAACUGUAACCAAAGAGAAACAUUUGUAUUAUUCAAAGUCUGAAUAUUCAAUACAACUUUUUGGAGAACGAUGGUAUUCUUAAGGCUCAUGAUUUACAAAAUCUGGAAAUUUAUGCACACGAUAAUAACAGACGAAGUGUUUAAUUUGACUACAUCUUUUCAGAAUAAAACAUCAUUAUAAGAAAACACUGGAGACAACGUGUAAAACAAUAUACAAACAUUACUGUUAUGUACGGAUGAUCAGUAAUCAUAAAAGAGAGCAAUCAAAAAUAAAUAAUUCUAUAAUUUCUGUAAAGUAGGAUUAGUAGGAUAAAUGCGCCUGAGCAGCAGUUCUUAUAAAAUCUUUUUGAAAUCGGCUUUAAUCACAAUCAAAAAGUUUACUAAUUACCCUCAAAUCGUUGAAACAAACCUGCAUCAUAGGAGUCCAGUUAUACUGUCCAUUAUAAGAAAAUUAAUGAACAUCAGCCAGCCAGGAUUGUGAAAAUCUGCCCAAAUUAGAUUUAAAACAUCAAUAAUACAAAAAUAUGGGUGAAAAAUCAUAUUUUUGGAAUGUAAUUUUCAAGACAAAACUAUGUAAUUUAAUCAUAUAUCGUAUGUUAAUUACUUUGAGGGAUAUUCUGCAGUUCAUUCAUGUUUCCUUUCCGUUCUUAUUUCACUGUAAACUGAAGCCGGAACAACAAAAAACAUUUCUCCUUUUAAAGAUCAUUCUGUGAGAAGAGUUAAAGACUGAAAAUGAUGAGCCUUGAUUAUACUGUUCAACAGGCUUCUUAUCAGACUUGAGUUGGAGCUCAAAGUCACUCAGAAACUAUCUUCAGCUUUUAUGCUUUUACGAUGCACUGAGACACUGAAAUAGUCUCACAGACACACACACACAAAACAGGCCAGUCAAGGCUACAGUGUGUGUGUGUGUGUGUGUGUGUGUGUGUAGUCAAAGUAUGCCAGAGUUCACAGCUGUGUAUACUCUCUGGAUUGUGCAAUAAUGUAUGUUUGAAAGUAUCCCUCAUCUUCUCUAACUUCACCCUCUGAUGACCACUGUACGGCAGGGCGAAUGCAAUGACGACGAAGACGACGAUGAUAGCUGUGAAAUUUAUGCGAGCAUUACUGUAUCACCACAAGAGAAGAGAUCCCAAAUGGACUAUCAUGCUGUCCUCCCCCGACCGCUGUCAGCCCAAAGCUAACAUAAUGAACCGACGACAGCGAGCGCCUGACAGACUCGGUUUGGCUUUCGGCCCAAAACCGCUGCGAGCCAAGACUGUAGCAGAAACACUGAGCUGAGUGUGGCCGUUACAAGGCUUCACAUUAUCCAAGAAAAAAAAACAUUUGAGAGUGUUACACUGGUUAUCAGGACACUGUGAUUUUUCUUUUCUUGAAGAGAAAUGAUUCCAGACAGCUUAUUUCCUAACAUGGAUUUCUGUAAUUAAGGCAAAUUCCAAGCAUUACCCCCUCCAAGCACACAUCUUGUACACUUUCUAGUUAAAAAAAAGUGACUGUUUGAUAUGCAUGAAUAGUAAAAUAAGUCAUUUAUAAAUUUGAAACAUGGGUUUUAAAACUAGAUAAGGCGGUAUGGACUGUAGAGAAAGACGUAUGAAUGUUUUCAGCGCUGUGAUUUAAAUGCUGUAUGUGAAAUUAAGCAUUAAAUAGUUUUAUAAUGUACAAAUAAGGCUUUAAUAUAAGUAGGGUUACGUAACAGGUAGUCCCAGCCAAGCAAAUACACAAAACCGGUCCCAGAUGUACUCCUACAGCGCUAAUAAAUCCCAUAAAGUAGUUAUUUUAUUGGCUGCUGUGACAACUCAAGUGGUACGCAGGGAGCAGGAUCAUAAUAUUUCUUGUUAUCCCUCUGUUAUUUUUUUUUUCUAUAUGUGUGUUAUUGUGUAGCUUUUUAAAAAGAUAUUCUUCUGUCAGUGCUCAUGUGUGAUGUAUUUUAAAACCAUCACAUUCCUGGACAGUGUUUUACUGUGAUAACGAGGAUGUGGAGGCGCUGCAGGCAAUAUGAAGCUGCACCUGUAUAUGGCAGGAGUUCAGGUGAUAUAACACACUGGUGGCCAUACUGGAGGUCUUUAGAUUUUAAAGGUGCAGUGCGCAGGAUUUAGUGACAUCUAGUGGUGAGGUUGCAGAUUGUGACCAGCUGAAUACCCCUCGCCUCCCCCUCCAAGUGUGAAGGAGAAUCUACGGUGGCUGUGAAACUUGUGAAAAACAUGAAAGGUCCUCUCUAGACCCAGUGUUUGGUUUUUUUUGUCCAU